GCUGUAUAAAUUGUUACUCCAGCUGCUUUCACAUCUAUUUAAGCUUUUUCUUGAUUUUGUAACGCCAUGUCCCUUGAUAAAGACGAGACGCAUCAGAGGUUGAAGGCAGCAGUACAUUACACUGUGGGUCGUCUGUGUCAGAAAAUCGGACAGGACCAAAGUAAAGAGUUCAGUCGACAAACCAUCGCAGCCAUAGCAGAGACCACUUUCAGACAGUGUGAAAUCUUUGCCAAAGACUUGGAGGCAUUUGCCAGACAUGCAAAAAGAACCACCGUGUCUGCAGAUGAUGUCAAACUUGUAGCUCGUCGCAGCACAGCACUAUCCAUGUACAUACAGAACAAAAGUGAAGAACUGAACCAGGAAAAGAAGAGCACUGGGAAGAGGAAAAGUAAAGACACUGAGGAGAGCAGAGACCAAGGACUAUAGGCACAAGCAGCCCUGCACACCUCACCUCAACAUGUAAAUAAAAUACUUACACAAAAA